AUGGCGGACGAAGAGUGGGUUCGGGACCUGCUCCAGCUCUUGCACACCUCCGCUGACCAAGACAAAGAACGUUUUUCACAGGUCAUCGUUCAGCUCGCCCGAGGCAGCGAUCGCGCACUACCGCGACCUCGUUGAUUCGUUGCAAUCCCAACUCACCGACGCCAAUGAUGACAUCAAGGAGUUCACCGAGUCGUCCAAGGAACUGCAGGAUGAGCUCGAGCAGGAACUGGCGAGGAUGGAGAAGAGCGAAAAGGAGAUGAGGAGGGGCUUGGACGAGGCCAGGACUGAUGUCGAGCAGUGGAAGGUGAGUGCCACUCCACGAAUGGUUCUGAUCAUCAUGCUUCCAUGGGAAUGUGAAUAUGGGCUAUCACCAUCAAGGAGGCCGCCCAUAGGUCCCUCGACGAGGCGACGCUGAAUCAUUCAACUCACGUGUCGCGUCGCGUCUGCGACAUGAAGCAUCUGCCCAACCGAUCUGUUUGCCGUUACUGAUCACAAGUAUCAACCCCACAGACCAAGUAUACAACCGCGCUGCGUGAACACACCGCCACCAUGACCCAUAUGCAACGCGAGCUCGAAUCCCUACGCAUCUCCGAGAAGCAGCUCAGAACCAAGCUUCGGGACAUGGAACUUGACAAUGACGAUCUCGAAAAGGCCGAGAGGUGAGAAAACCACUGGCUAGUGUGAUUUGCUAUUACCAUCAGGGGCUGACCCGUCUCUUUUCCUGAGCGGUCACGAAGGGAAAAAGACUCGUCGCUGCAGGAUCUCGAGAAUCGAUACGGCAAGUCGAUCGAACGCAUCGCACUGCUCGAAGAGGAGCUCGUCAACAAGGCUCAGCUCGACGAGGAAGUACAGCGAUUGAAGGAUGAGCUCAGAGGUACGUGCCGGGGACUGGAAUCGCCAGGCGCUGGCGAAGAAUCUGAUUCGAGCCCCUGCUCUCGCUCGCAGAUCUACACGAGGAGAUGGCUAUCGUGCGAUCGCAAGCGGUGACCACAUAUCCACCAGCAUAUCCGCGAGCAGUCACACCGACGCGCACCACACCAUCUCCGCAACCCGCCCCGACGAGCGACCCAGAACAGCUCGGACAAGCCGAUCAUGAUGCGUUCGCGACCCCGACCAGGGCAAACCCACAGCCCACCGUUUCGACGACCCCCUUCUCUCCUCCGUCCAUAUCACUCGUCAAUCCGACGCCAGCACGUUUGGCGACUCCUUCGUCUCGCUCUUCCGCAUCUGCGUCUGCGUCUGCGUCGGCCUCUUCCUCCUCGACCGACGCUUUCGGCACCCCCGUCUUGCCCUCACCUCCACCUCCCGUCCCCGACAUCCCAGCCGCCUAUCGACCGUCAAGUGGUAGUGGUGCUGCCCUUGCCCGGUCCACCGCAAAGCGAGAUCUCGCCCACACUGCCGCCGCAUCAGCACCAUCUCGAAUCGGGACGCCUAAAUCGGUGCGAGAGAAGCGAGCCGACGGGAUGAUCCGAGAUAUGAGGGACAUGACCGAUCGUGUACGACAACUGACAUCUCGACUUGAUUCGAGGCGCAACCUCUCGAACAUGAACAGCACUUCAAGUGGGAUCCCUCGAGCUAGCUUUGGAAGCCCUGGUGGUGCGAACUCGCUGACGAGGAGUACGACGGCGCGGAGACUGACCGCUUCGUCGACGAGUACAUUGGGGAGGAGCGUUACUUCUGGAUCGAGUGGUACUUCGAGUGCGGUAGAGAGGAUGAUGCAUAGUCGGACCAGUUCUCGAUCGAAUCGGACUUCGACGGAGGAGGAACGAUCGACACACCAGAGUACGCGACCACCCUCACGAUCAGGGAUGAGGAUCAGUCUAGGUCGGACGAGCAUCCCUGUACGACCCCCUUCGCGGUUAUCGAGCCUCUCGGCAUCGACGGCCACGACGAUCUCGAUGACCUCGGCGAACGGCUUGGGGAUGUCAACGAGGUCUGAAACGCCUUCCCUGCGUGACUCGAGAUCACCGACACCUUCCUCCGCAGGUCCAUAUUCCCGACCUAGAGCUCCUUGGGGUGCACCCCACCUCGCAACCUCGACACGAGCUCGAAGAGCUCCUGCAGCGAGCUACGAAACGGGGAGUGGGUCCAGUUCGACACGACCGUCCUCGGUCGUUUCCAACACGUCCAGUUUAGGAGUCGGAAGACCGUCUUCAGCUAUCGAGGCUCGACGACCCAGUUCGAGGAACGGAAUGCUAGGGACUAGUAUCGCCCCGAGUGGCGCUAGGAGACCUUCGAGUGGGUUGGGGUUGAGCACGCAUGGGCAUGGCGGGGGGCUGAGGAAACCGAGUAUUGUCGGGGGCGGCAAGAUUGAUGGGCGGUGAGGUGGGAUUUUAUGGGCCACUUUAGGAUAGUUAUAUUUCUGUCUGUCGAGAUGUUAUCAUGUUUUCGAAGUUUGUCUGUUGUCAUUGCAUUCUACACUAUGUGCUCGCGCCGUAUACUCGCGGAUAUUCACCGGACCAAGCUAGACCAAAACCAUUCUUAUGAACAAGCGACCCCCGUGUGCUCUGCCUCUCCUCAGUCCCGACCGUUGCUGACGCUCGAGCUCACUUUUCAAGGAUGGAACUCCGGCGAUGGAUGGAAUCACUGGCAGCCGUGAUCCUAUUGAUUACCCUCGGGAUCAUCCGACUGAUAUGGGUCCUCCGAGCGACGCACGCCAACACGUCAUCAUCCUCUCAUCGCAAGCGACGACGACCCCUUCGUCAACCUGACGAACCAGCCUCGCUGGCCGUCUUCCUGGGAUCAGGUCAGUCCAUCACGAAGGGGCAUAUGUGACGCGCGGUAGGCCGUGUCUACGUUUCUGAACCUGAUGGUCUUGCAGGUGGACACACGGCUGAGAUGAUGCGCUUGCUCUGCGGGGUCGACUGGGAUCGCUAUUCUACGCGAAUUUAUCUCAUUGGGAUGGGUGACAAGAUGUCAGAGGAUAAGGCAUUGGCUCUUGAAGAGUCCAUCAAUGGCGGUCACGUAAGUGUGACCUCGGCCUUGGCUCUUCGUACUCCUUCCCCCCACAUGUCCUGUCCUCAAUUGCUGACCCCCACCCCCCACCCCCGACCCCCAACCCCGCCACCCCCUCAUCUUCCCACCCCAGUUCACGAUCUUCCGCAUCCCACGAGCGCGCAAAGUGCACCAAUCAUACCUCACCUCUCCCUUCACGACCCUCUACUCCCUCUUAUACUGUCUGCGGUUCCUCACCCUCGCACCUCUGAUCCGGCGUUCACCUCGUCUCGUUUUCGCCGAUGUCGUGUUAUUGAAUGGUCCGGGGAGUUGUGUGCCGAUCGUGUUGGCGUGUUUCUUACCCAGGGUCAGUUUUGAAAACGAAUCAAGAAAUCCCUGGGAGUUACUGAUCGGGCUGACGAUUGCUCAUCCUCUCCCAAAAGCUCCUAGCCCUCCCCUCCCCCGGACUGCUCUAUAUCGAGUCCCUAGCUCGCACAAGACGUCUCUCCGCCUCAGCCCGCUUGAUCCGACCCUUCGUGGACCGUUUCUUUGUUCAAUGGGAAUCGUUGCGCGAGGCUUUGAGACGAGGAGAUGAGGAGGGAGGGAAUGAUAGAUGGAGGUUGAGAGCGAGGGUCGAAUGUCAGGGGUGGUUGGUGUGA